CCUAUAAAGUCCCAGAACAAGGGGCCCCAUUCAGCAUUCAGGCACAGAGAAGGACACAUCACUGUGGGAAGAGGCAGAUUUGGAAGUGUGGCUGGUGACAUUGGGAUGCUUGGAUAAACCCAAGGGAUGGAGCAGCUCUACAGCACCUACUUCUCCUCCAGUGACCACCUAAUGAGCUCCAGGUCUGCCCUGGACUCCCUCAUGGGAAUGGUUUUCCCUCCUGUACAGCAGAAUCCAUUAAAGAAAGCUAAUGUGAACGCAGACAUGAAGGCUGGGGAUCCCGGAGCCAAUCAGACAGAACAGCACAAGGAAGCCGCCAAUCAGCAGAAAGUUUCCCCCACACUGAUGUCCAAUCGCAGGAAGAGAACUGUCUACAGUCCCUCAGAUCUGGCCCUACUGGAGCAGAACUUCCAAACUAAUAUGUACCCAGACAUCCACCAGCGGGAGGAACUGGCCAGACAAAUGGGCUUGCCCGAGUCUCGCAUUCAGGUUUGGUUCCAGAACAGGAGGUCAAAAGCCAGACGUCAGGGAUCCAGAUCUACCAAGCCGGCUGCUGUGGAAGAUUACUAUAACAGAACCCCAAUGUGCAGCUCAGCACCCAUAGCCAAUGGCACAAUCCCUGUAGUGCAGCAGCGUAUGGCCACACUACACAAUGGCUUCCAUCCAAACGUCACCAUGCAAGGAACCAGUCAAAUCAAGAAGUUUUCAUCAGCACCAGCUCCCCAUCUUUCAGGGAAUGUGUCUCUGCAGCACCACAUGGGCUUUCCACAGCAACAAGUUAAACCCAAUAUGGAUUUACAGCAGAAUUACUUCCAACUGCCCCAGGACCUCCUGUCUUGCACUAAAUCCUCAUGUCCAGUCCCCAACCAGAGGCUGCCAGUAUAUCCAACAGCAUCUACUAUCUAUUGUCAUAGUGAUCUGCCUGGCGAGAGGUUUAGCCAAGAAUCCAUGCAUUCUAACUCCAUGUUGGACUUCAGCAAUUUCCCACCUAACAAGACCAUAACCCCCGAUAUGAACACCAUCAUCCCACAGAUGCCAGGGGCUACAGGAUGGAGCAACCAAAAGGAUAUUAAUGCCUACUCUACACAGGGGGCACUGCCCAGAGCAGGGUGUAGCCCUUAUGGUUGGGGUUCUCCUGUCUCAGGAGUCAGUGAUGCAUCUACAGAGUCAGUCUCAGACUGGGAAGAGAACCUUCUGAAAUCUCUAUUCUGAAUACUCAGUUGCUAGAGCCUUCAGCUUCAUCUACAUCAUACACAGGAGGACAAGGACUUGGGCAAUGUGGAGCCUCCAUCACACAUAAAGGCACUUAGACACUUGGCUCUUUAUAUUUUGUAUUGUAUUGGGGGACACCUCAUGAGGAAUCUUUAAAAAUACAUUGAUAUUAAAUGCAAUAUUAAACAAUUUUCAUUGCACUAAUAAAUUUUUAAAAUU